AUGCCCGCCCAGAGCUGCCGUGGCCCCAUUGGGGCCGAGAGGCCCAUGCGCCACAUCCCCAUCAACAUUCUAGACCUCGUCCUCAGUUCUCCUCCAAUCCUAGUCCGUCCCCACAUCGACAAGAGCCAUAUCCAACAGUCCCUUCAUGGGAAGAGGCGAUUCAACUCCCCAGGUGUCGCGAUGCGAAGGUUCCGCAAAUUGGAGAAGCUGACCGAUGAUUUCUUUGACGAAAACCAGCACGCCCAACCGGAUCUUCCCCUUCCCCAUAUUUCCUCUGUGGGCAUGUUUAAUCUCCUACGGUCGCUACCCACCAAGCCCGUGAGCGAUGCCCUGCUGGAGGCAUUCUUUCUUGCCGUGUGGCCGCUUGUUCCACUGGUACACCCGCCUUCCCUACAGACAGAUUAUGAUGUGUUCUGGGAUUGGUGUCGGAACAGCGAGAGCGCUUUACCCUCCGCUGAACUUCGUGAUGAUCCUACCUUUAUCUGCCUUCUCUUCGCAGUCCUCUAUUGUGGCGCAUCUGCCGCGCCCGCUGCCAGCUGGACAGAUACCAACCUGCAGGGUCUACAGAAGGAGACUACAGUGAGCCACCUUAAGUCGGCAUAUAUGACGAGUCUUUCCCUAUGUCAGCAUAUGGAACAUCCAACAUCAAAUACGCUAGUUGCAAAUUUGCUGACUACACCGUUCAUGGACCGGCCUUUCGAGCCCAUGCUGAGGAUGAUUCACGUGAGCACGACGGUGCGCAUUGCCCAAACAAUGGGCUUACAUCGGGAGGGAACAUGGUCUGCGCUGAGUGAUGUCGAUAAAGAAAUCCGACGUCGGAUUUGGUGGCACAUUGUUUGGCUCGAUGUGCAGUCGAGUAUCUCCACAGGGCUGACCCCCUGUUGCGAGAGCGAGGCCUGGGAGGCCGUGAGCAUGGUUGAUUCUCACUGCGAAGGGUCCAGCGAUAUCCCUACCAGGCUUUCCCCGCGCACAGACUCUGUAACCAAUCGACCAUCGGUGGCCAUUCUUUACGCGAUCGGACGUUAUCAGACUGCUCGAUUACAAGCGAGGAUUUUGGCGCACCUGCAGAGUGCGCAGGCCCCAAUUCUGGCGGGUUUUGGUGAGCUGGUCACAGAUGCCAAGGAGCUUCUGCGGAAGAUCGACGCACUUAUCGCGCGCAUUCCUACGCAGGGAAUCCCGGAAAGGGGGUACAUCCCAUCCCGUUUGGCUAAUGCAUCGCCAUCCACACAUCCCUCGUUAUACAAGGAUGAUGCAAGCCAGCCAACCGUGUUUGCGGCAUGGACUCGAAUUAUGCUAACAUUGCUGAAAUCGGAAACAGCCAUUUUGCUGCAGAAACCAUUUCUGCCACCCCCAGAUAGUUCCGAUGCGCAAUCACGCAAGUCUUGGACCAGCAUGGCGCAGCUCUGCGUGAAUUACUUGCGUAUCUACCUGCAGCUGUAUCAAGCACCUGCGUUCUCCCCAUACGUGUGGUUCUGCUCCAGCCACUAUGGGCCUCUUCAAUGCGUCUUUAUCGCCCUAAUUUAUCUGCAUUCCUUCCAGAAGUCUGGAGAGACUGUGCUGGCGCGAUACUGCGUUGAUGAGCUUAUACAUCACAGCGUAGCCCAAUUUUCAGCUCCAGAUUCCUCCUUGACGAAGACUAGCUCUAACGAUACCGAUUCCAAUCCGAGCAAGACGCGGAUGCCAUUGGCUAUCCAGGUUCUCGUUGACCUGCACAAACACCUCGACUCCUCCCUCGGGGCUGAAGACCGGCUCCCGCUGUCAUUGGACAUGAUUGAGUGUCAGGCCCGCUGUCCUGCGUUGCCCCGUACCAAGGCGUCAGAGUUCCGCGCGACUCCCCACCAGCCCUCUUCCGGUGCAUCAUCUUCCACGAAUCGCACCAACAAUUGUGAAACCCCAUCCAUGACCACAGGACCUCCUCCAGUGGUUGCUGGUCACACACCAGGCCCGCCGAACAACGGUUUAAUCGACGGGAGUGACUCGGGCUUAGACAUGGACUUCCUUGCUACGAUUUCCGAUCUCGACGCCUGGUCUUCGUCAUUGAUUCUGGAACCCGACAAUCUUCUCGCACUUCCUGAUAAUAUGACGCCUGAUCAUGCUGUAAUCACCGGGUUACGCCCACACAGUCCAACAUCUGGUCGCCGUGGCCCGCAUGAAGGCCUCGAUUUCCCAGUGCAAUAG